CAAAGUUGUGUCAAAUGAGGAGAGCACACUGGGCACACUCUUUGACAUGAAAGUUUUCUCGCAACCAGACCAAAGUAUUCCCCGCCAGUGCGCCGGAUGGCGGAGAAAAAUGUCACAUGAGUGAGAGAACAGGUGGCGGUGGAGUGCCUUUCCUCCAGCGUGCACACCUGCUGCUCAUGUGUUCAUCAGUAAGUCAGUAAGUAUUUAAAGACUGCAGAGAUCUCUCGUCUCUUGUUGGACUUUGUUGCUAUUGGCUCAAGUGUUGUUUGCUAGCCCUCUUGAUCUAGUCUCCCGCUUUGUGCUGCACCAACCCCCCCAACCCCUGCUCAUUAGGGGGCCCACUUUGGCUCGGAAACUUCCUGUCAACGGGCCAUCUGGAUGGAAGUGUUUUCAAAAUGGCCUUGGCUGGAGUCCGUGUGGUCGAGCUGGCGGGCCUUGCUCCGGCACCGUUCUGCGGGAUGAUCCUGGCCGAUUUCGGCGCCAAUGUGGUCCGCGUAGACCGCACUAAGGCCGGGGCUUCGAUGGACAUGCAGGCUCGCGGCAAACGUUCUGUGGCCAUCAACCUGAAGACCUCAGAGGGUGUCUCUCUGCUCCGGAAGCUCUGUGUCCAGUCCGACGUCGUCUUGGAGCCCUACCGCAAAGGUGUGAUGGAGAAACUCGGUCUUGGUCCAGAGGACUUGCUAAAGGAAAAUCCCAGUCUAGUGUACGCACGCCUUACAGGAUACGGACAAAGCGGAAUGUAUGCCACAGCGGCUGGACAUGACAUCAAUUACCUGGCCAUGUCAGGGCUUUUAUCUUGCCUGGGUCGCAGAGGAGAGAAGCCGUACGCACCGCUGAAUCUCUUGGCCGACUUUGCGGGCGGCGGGCUCACAUGUGCCCUUGGCAUAGUCUUGGCUUUGCUGGAGCGAACAAAGUCAGGGAAAGGGCAGAUCAUCGACUCCAGCAUGGUGGAAGGAGCCGCCUACAUGGGCUCAUUUGUGUGGAAAUCCCGCGGCAUCGGCUUGUGGGAUCGUCCUCGCGGGGAGAACAUGUUGGACGGCGGCGCUCCUUUCUACGACACGUACCGCACGGCCGACGACGAGCACGUGGCCGUGGGCGCCAUUGAGCCGCAGUUUUACAAGGAGCUGCUACGAGGCUUGAAAUUAGACGAGGACCAGUUACCACCACAAAUGAGUUUCUCGGACUGGCCAGAGCUCCGUCGGAUCUUCUCGGAGCGUUUCGCCUCCAAGACACAGGCGGACUGGUUGCGGAUUUUUGAUGGGACAGAUGCCUGCGUGACUCCCGUGUUGUCGCUUGACCAGGUGAGCUCACACCCGCACAACAGUGACAGGGCUUCCUUCGUGAAGGACUCCAACGGGAAGGAAAGCCCUCGGCCGGCCCCUCUCCUCUCCCGGACCCCCGCGCAGGUGUGCGUCAAUCCUGGGCCGCUUAUCGGAGAACACACUGUGGAGGUUCUGAAGGAAUACGGGUGCAAAUCCUCUGAAAUUGAUAAGAUGCUCACUGCGGGUGUUGUGGAGUGCUCCGGCGUCAAGGCAAAACUGUAAUUGAUAUUUAGUUUUUUCGCUGGAAGGGAGAGUCGCUAGAUUUGUAAUCUAGUCUCGUAAUGAUGGCUGAGCAUGAUAAAUAAUUUGUCCAUGAAUGAAUCAUAAGUUUGUGUUUUUUAAUUGUGUGCGCGAUUGAUUGUAUCUUAAUUGUGUUUUGAAGCAGGUGUCUUGAAAGGCACAAAUGUGUUAUUAUUAUUAUUAUUAUAAAUGUCAGAAAAACAUCCAAAUUAUUUUUCAAAGAAAAAGUUGCACAUUACUUUGAAAGACAAGUCCUAAUAAUUCAAGUGCUGAGUUGUAUUGUAGAAUAAAGCUCUUUAAAUAACACCUGA